AUGGAAUUUCAAUCUGGAACGAACAACCUUAUAUUUGCCUAUGGUCUCGUCGAUCCUGAUCCUUGUAAAUUGGAUGGUGACAUCACCUAUCAUGAAGGUCGUCGAGGUUCACGCAUCUUACCACUUCGAUCCUAUGCCAAUCCACCACCCGAAGACAAGUUUGCCCGACUUGAUUAUGUUGAAUUUCGUUUUAAUAAUUAUCUAAUUCCAGCAGCAGAUACCACCUAUUACUGCGAAGUACAGAAAGCUCCGACUAAUUAUUCAACUAAACGACAUGCAAUCGGUAUACUAAUCGAACCAGCUAAUCGUGGUCUUGUACAUCACGUUCUAUUAUAUGAAUGUCACCCGACAUCGAAAUUCGACGAUAAUAAUCUGCCACAUGGAUUAUGCGAUACUUUAUAUCUGGAGCUGGCAAUGUGCACGACAAAUAUUGCAACCGUAUGGGCAGUUGGAGGUGACGAAAUAGUGGAAUUUCCACAGGAGGCUGGAUAUCCUAUUGGUGGUGACUUUGAGAUCAAAUAUUAUUUGAUUCAAGCACACUAUAGCAAUCCUCAAAUAGUUUCCAAUCAUCACGGUAGUACAGGUUUUCGAUUUUACCUUGGUGAAGAACUUCGUCAACAUGAGCUUGGUUACUUAUCAUUCGGAACGGAGACAAGUCCAUUUGCACUUGCCAUUCCACCACACAUGGAUAAAUUUGUGGUCGAUAGCUAUUGUCGUGCCUCAGCUACUCAAGUAUCUUAUGAGCUUUAUAGUUAA